UAGCAGCGCCUGCCGGGCGGAAGGUCCACUUCGCGCCGUGCGGGCAAAGGCUGAGGCCAAAGCGGAGCGACGCACGGGGGCAGUGAAGCCCCGGGGGAGGCGGCAACACCAUGGCCGGGCCCCCGCCGCCGCCCCCGGGCCAGGAGGCGCCGCGCUACCAAGAGUGGAUUCUGGACACCAUCGACUCGCUGCGCUCGCGCAAGGCGCGCCCGGACCUGGAGCGCAUCUGCCGCAUGGUGCGCCGGCGGCACGGCCCGGAGCCGGAGCGCACCCGCGCCGAGCUGGAAAAGCUCAUCCAGCAGCGCGCCGUGCUUCGCGUCAGCUACAAGGGAAGCAUCUCGUACCGCAACGCUGCGCGCGUCCAACCGCCCCGGCGAGGGCCUCGUCGGACCGGACGGGAGCGACCGCCGCCUCCCCCAGCCCAGGAGGAAUCCUCCCCCGUUAGUCUGCGAGAGAUCGUGCGCUACUUGGGCGGCGACGGCGCCGCGCCGGGGGGCGGCCGGGUGACUCGAGGCCGAGCACAGGGGCUGCUUCAGGAGGAAAGGCUGGAGAAGACCCGCUUGGGUGGCGGCGGCGGCGGCGGCGGCAACAGCGUCGCCUUGCCCAGGGCGGAGAGAGGCGCGCAGGCCCGGGCCCCCAACGCCAGGGCGUACAGGAACAAGAAGGCAGGUGAAGAGGUCAAAGGUGAAGAAGAGGAGGAAGAAGAGGAAGAAGAAGAGGAUGAAGUCUCCACUAUGUCUGAAGGUUCAGAAGUGGCACAAGAUUAUGAGGCCAGCAACUACAGCAGACCUGGACUAGGCCAGGUGAAUGGGGACUGUAAGGACAGCAAGCAUGGUGGGAAAGAGGUCCCACCCAGCACUGCCCUCCCCAGAGACCUGCGCUCCCUUGAGGAGCAGCCCUUGAGCAAAGGAUCAGAGCAUCCCCACCAUGAAGGAAAUGAGCAAUGUCAUACAAAGGCCUCUUGGCCUGGAGAAAGUGCCUGUCACCAUCUUGGGGGCAGCAAGAAAGAUGCCAGCACCUAUCAGCAGCCAGACAGAGCAGUGUCACCAGCUGUUGCAGGUACUGAGCCCUCUGUGCCCUCAUCUCCUGGGAGACCUGGCAUCCAGGCAGAUGGGAGACCAUUCAGCUGCACCUCACUGAAGGAGAAGCAUUCCGACCCAGUGGAAUGGACUGUGAGUGACGUUGUGGAUUAUUUCACAGAAGCUGGGUUUGCUGAGCAAGCAACUGCCUUCCAAGAACAGGAGAUUGAUGGGAAGUCUCUGCUGUUGAUGCAGCGCACUGACGUGCUAACUGGCCUAUCUAUCCGUCUGGGACCUGCCCUCAAGAUCUACGAGUAUCACAUCAAGGUGCUACAGCAGUGUCACUUUGAAGAGGAUGAGGGCGACUCCUUCAUGGGCUGAGGAGAAUGGGCACGCCUUGUGAAAGUGGGGUGGGGGGAGAGAGAAUGGGGACUCUGCCAACCGCUACUGUCUCACAUAUUUCGGCCUUCCUCUGCCUCCGUGAAAAAAAAAAAAAAAGGAAGAAGACAGCGGCUGUGUGGGAAUGGGAGUGGCUGUGACCAGAUCAUGUGAGAGGAGGGAGGCAGAAAUUAUUAUCCCAGCUUUGUGAUUUCUCUUGCCCCAGUGGUUCAGAGAUAGAAAAAAAAACAGGCUGGGAGGGCUGCAAACUCUUUCUUCUUCCGACCUGUCUGUGUUGCCUACCCCAAGCUUUUCACUUGCCAUAGUGCAUUGUUUCUUUUGGAAAAGGGUGGAGAGAGAUGUGGUUUUGUUCCUCUUCCCAGCCUCAAGUUAAUUGAAAUAAUUUGUGCUUCAGUGCCCGCCCCCCCAGCCAACCCCAGCUCCCACAGUAGCACUUGAUGGUCCCGACUCCCUCAUUGCUGUGAUUGGCAAGACAAGGAGCCUGCUGGAGGUGUCAGGAGGUUUUAAUCAAAUACCUUUUUACUCUCUUUUCUGUUUGGGUAGGCUUUUCUUCCAAUUUUCAUGGUUGUUGCCCAGAGUCAACUGCUUUUUAUUAUUAUAAUUAUAAUUAUUAUUAUUAUUUUUCCUUCCCAUUUUUAAAAAAUAUAAAUAUUUAAACUGAAAAACAACCCGAUUGGUUUAGUAUUCCCAGUCCUGUUAGCCCUCUAGAAGGAGUAACGGAAGAGCUAAAAUGAAUGUGUGUUUAAGGGAUGAAAGUGUGUGUAAGAGAGCCUGAAAUCCUGAAUUCUGUGCUGUGCUCUAGGGGAAUGUGUCAUCUGUUGCUAGUCAAAUGUUGGAGAGGAAAGAUCUAGGAGUGGGUCGGAGUAGAAUUCAUUCUAACUAGCCCAAAGUUGGGAGUAGACCUGAGGUGUUCUGGCUCAACUUUCCGUAUUGUAAUCAACUGGGGUAAAGGUGCAGUAACCAUUGCCCAAUUACCCACAAGUCGAACAUGAAAACAUACACCAGCAGAGGACAUGUACCUGUGUGCAUAUAUUUGGUAUUGGUGGCUCAACUAGUGCUCAUAAGUAAGAGCUAUAGCUUCGAUCAGGUGGAUAAAUGUAAACGGAUCUCCUCUUGUUAAAGCAAGCCAAGCCCAUAAAAGUAGAAUGCUUGUAGAGCAAGAGGUGGUGGUGGUGCAAUGACCACAGUAAUAUUUGUUUUUUGCACAAGUCCAAGACCUGAUGUAGAAGGAGCAUCUUUCUAGGGCGCACUACACAAAAUCUGAGCAUUCUUGGAGGUUCUGAGGAAACACCGCACAUUAUCUGAGUAACCUGGUUGCAUAAAAAACACCUGUUCCAUAAAUUAAUUAGAAACUAGUUUCUCUUCCUUGAUUUCCUAAAAAUAACUUCAGGAACUGGAGGUUUGCUGACAAUGCUGAGAAUUCUUUAUUGUAGGAUUUUAGAGCAUAUAUAGAACUUCAUUUCCUAGUUCCUUGAUUGGGAGCCAUGAUACAUUAUCAGAUUUGAAACUUGAUUUAGAUUUGGAAUGUAGACAGGUCAUUCCCAUAGUGCAAGUACACCUACCCUUAUUGGUUGGGUCCCAGAAGCAGAACUGUACAUGGUUAGAGACACAUCCUCAUACGCAUGCACAGUUGGACAGGAGCACACUGAAUUUAUUUUCUCAAUUUUUUUUUUUGAAAACAUGAGGGCUAGAAACUUACUGUUUGAACUUUGAAAGUGGAGGUUCUCAAUGUUGUAGCACAAAAGUGCCUCAGGGGCUUACAUACCAGUUGCAUGUCACCCCCUAUUGCACUAGACCCUAUUUUGUUCAGAGCUGGGAAUAAAAACCAAGUUUUGGGGGUUCUGA